AUGAACGCCCUCUACACCAACUGGCGGUCCCUUCCGCUCUCUUUCUCCAUCCCAAUAACAGCAUUUCUCAUCAUCCUCAUCGCGACAAUCACCAACGUCAUCAAACAGCUCUGGUUCCCGAAUCCUCACCGCCCCCCAGUUGUAUUUCACAUCUUUCCACUGAUCGGCAGUACAGUCCAGUAUGGAAUCGAUCCGUAUAAAUUCUUCUUCGACUGUCAAGCCAAGUAUGGAGAUUGUUUCACGUUUAUUCUGCUGGGUAAAAAGACGACUGUCUUUUUGGGGCCGAAGGGCAAUGAUUUUAUCUUGAAUGGGAGGCAUGCGGAUCUUAAUGCUGAGGAUGUUUAUGGGAAGCUUACGACGCCUGUUUUUGGGAGGGAGGUUGUUUAUGAUUGCUCUAAUGCGAGGUUUAUGGAUCAGAAGAGGCUGCUCAAACUUGGUCUCACGACUGACUCCUUGCGAUGCUACAUCCCCAAAUUCGUCAAAGAAGUCGAAGACUAUAUUACAACCUCACCAUACUUCAAAGGCAACACCGGCAUCGUCAACAUCACCGAGGUAAUGGCCGAAAUCACAAUCUACACCGCAGCAGGUUCCCUCCUCGGCAACGAAGUCCGCUCCAUGUUCGACAGCACAUUCGCAACGCUCUAUCGUCAUCUCGAUGACGGUUUCCAGCCCAUCAACUUCGUACUACCCGGUCUUCCCUUACCACAGAACUUCCGACGCGAUCACGCGCGAAAAGUCAUGGAGCAAUUAUUCAGCGAUAUCAUUCGCAAGCGUCGUGAGAUGGGUAAUCAAGGUGGUGAGACUGAUAUGGUUUGGACGCUUAUGAAUGCUAAAUACAAGGAUGGCGAGGAUUUGCCGGAUCAUCAUGCGGCGAGGAUGUUGAUUGCCAUUCUCAUGGGUGGACAGCAUAACACUGCUGCGAGUGGUGCUUGGUUACUUCUCAACCUUGCGCAUAAACCGCAUCUUGUUCAAGAGUUGUAUGAUGAGCAAAUUGAGGUUUUGGGAUCACCGCCGGAGCCAUUGACGUGGGAGAAUCUACAGAAGUUGACCCUCAAUGGACAGGUCAUCAAGGAGACUCUACGCCUCCACAGUCCCAUUCAUUCCAUCCUCCGACAAGUCAAGUCACCUAUGCGAGUUCCCGCCACAGACUGGGUCGUUCCUCCAUCACAUACUCUCCUCGCUUCACCCGGCACACAAGCACGCUCUGAGGAAUUCUUCCCUCGACCUAUGGAAUGGGAUCCUCAUCGUUGGGAUAAGAUUGAGUCUCUUGAUGAUGUUAAGAAUGGGGAGACAGUCGAUUAUGGGUUCGGUAUGAUGAGCAAGUCAGUUAGUAGUCCGUAUCUGCCUUUUGGAGCGGGGCGACAUCGUUGUGUUGGGGAGAACUAUGCGUAUGCACAGCUUGGUGCGAUUAUCGCAACGUUUGUGAGAUUGCUUCAUAUUGAGCAGCCUGAUCCAAAGGCACCUCUUCCUGCGCCUGACUACUCGUCAAUGUUCUUUAGGCCUAUGAACCCAGCUGUUAUAAGAUGGACUCGUCGUAAUACGGAGACUGACUAG